AUGAGUGCGGUCACCUUUAGUCGCGUAGAGGCUCACGCCCUCGCUGCCCGCAACGCUGCCCCAAAGCAGCGCUUACCCCUUCGACGCAACCACUUUGGCCGCGUGCAGCCGUCUCAAGACGACGUGAGGCUGUACCUCAUGACCGCCACGUCGCUCUUGCACAGUGCCUUGUCCAAAGCCCGAGCAGACCGUGCGAGCGGCCACGCCGCGUACCGCACGUGGAAACAGCUCAGCACGGCUUCCAGUCGCAUCCAGCGGCUCACGAAGAUCGAUGCCAAUGGCCGAGACGUGCACUACCGUCUUCAGGGCACUAUCGUCGGGGCUUCGGUCCAGGACUUGAUGGGCGUCUUGUCCGCCGACGCUACAACGGCCCAAGUCGUCGCGCGUCGACGCCUCCUGUCCAGCAAUAGCCUCGACGCCCAGACGCUCUGUGUGCUCCGUGACCGCCGAGUCGCGUCCACUACUGCUACCUACGACCACUUGUCGCUUCGGUGGGAAGCGAUCCGCUUGAGCCCCAAUAGCCCCAUCUACGACCGCGACAGGUGCUAUCUCGAGUUCACGGGCGUGACCACUGACGUCGACGGUACGUUGGUGGGGUUCUUGAUCCAGCACGCGAUUGCCCAUCCCAACUGCGGGUCGCUCUUGGAGUCGCACGGACUCACGCGACUCGACGUGACGGAAGUUGUGCUCCUGCGGCCGUCUUCAGUAUCGUCAGUAUCCUCGCUGCAGGGCAUGGGGUGCACGGACAUGACGUUGGACGGUCUCGUGCGCCGUCCGAGUAAGUUCCCUCCGUGGCUCGUGCACUCGUACCUCAGCACUGUUGCAACGUGUCUCGACGAGCUGCCGAAUGUCGUCCAGGAGCGGUUGUUGGCCACGUUGCCCGUGCUCAGCACGUCGCAAUGUGUAUCCCGAGCGUCGCGCAGACACUGUCACGUGUGUCGGAGCGCAUUCGGUCUCUGGUCGAAGAAGGUCAACUGUCGCAGCUGUGGCGACGUGGCGUGCAAGUCCUGCGUUGUGACCCGCACGGGCGGCGAGACGGCCACGUUCUGCACAAAGUGUCUGACUCGAGUGUCGAGAGAGACGGCAAAGGCUGCGGUGCGGUUACCUUCGGACUGUGACUCGGCUUCGUUCACGACCUCUUCGUCAUGCUCAGACUGCAGGAGUAGUUGCCGGGAGUCGGAAAAUGGGCCAUGUACUAGUACUACUGCAACUGCAGCUGCUACGACCUCUUUGACGUCGAUGCAACGGAAGGGAAGUGCAAUGCCAACGCCGCGUCGUGUGCGGAUCAACACGGCGCUGCUGGAAGACAGCGGAGACAGUCGUCGAUUGUGCAGCACGGCAAGUACUGCGAGCGAAAGCAGCUCUUUGGACAGCUCGAGUUGGGACUGUUGCAGUCGCGAGGGGUCACUACUGGACGACGACGUUGACGAGACAUUGGAUACAAAGCAGAUGCUGCGUAGUGGCGGUGGCAAUGCACCCGCGUGUGGCAGUAGUGGUCAGAGCAGUCGACAAGUGCCAACGGGUAGAGCGGUCGACGACUUGAUCGCUCACCAGCGCUAUUUGCUGCAAGAAAUGCUGUCCCAGGCAAGAGCGUACCACCACCAGUGGGCCCGCGCGUGA